AUGCGGAAAACUGAGGACCUAGCGAGGAAUUGCGAGGGAUUGCAGGGAUUUGGAACCUGGCUAUAUUACUGGAUGUUAUUAUAUGUGCUCACCAGAUACUCUAAGUUUUGUCAGCUUAGAAAAACGAAUAGUCCGCUGGUGAUGUUGUAUAACAGAUUUCUUUUUGAUGUCCACGAUUGUGACUUCCCCGGACCUCUAUCGAGGUUAAAAGAAGGUUUUCGACCAAUUUCGACGCCGUUCCUAAGAUAUGUGGAGCUCAUGACUAAGAUUAGUCCUUCUGUCACAUUGGCUCAAUUGGCUGCUUAUAUCUCCAAGAAUCUCUCAAUUCCUCUCGCAUUUUCUAUUUUUCCGAAGAAAUAA